AUGCGCUUGGGGAGGCGGUUGUCCUCCAUGCGGAUAACAAAGCCCGCCAAACACAGUCUCCGUUUGCGCACGGUGGCCUCGAUGGUUUCCUCGCAGCCUGCCUGGAUGAGGGCCUGGGCAUUGGACAGGGGGCGGUCUGAGCGUUCCCGCUUGCUCCAGCCGAUGCACCGUGAACUGGCGGUGGGUCCCAUUGAGCUUCGUGUAGUGCUCCGCUGUUAGGCUCCACGAGGCGUACCCAUAUAGGAGAGUCUCCACACUUCAGCCUGGAGUAGCCGGAUCUUGAGCUGGCGGUUGGCCCGUCGCC